AUGAACACGCACGGAUAAGAAGAGGCGCUGCAGGUACGGCGAGAUAUUAUUCGGUUUUAAACAUAUUCCCGCAAACCCCGUUUUCCCCACAAUGUCGGGCGGGGAUCUCCGCGUUCUUGGCCAAGAGCCCGGGCAGGAGAGCCCGAGGAUGCCGGCCUGGAAGCGCGAGAUCCUUGAACGGAGGAAGGCGAAGGGCGGCGGAUACGGGGCAGGUGCCGAGUCCGUCGCAUCUCGACUUAACAGCGAGGUAGUGAGCAGCAAAAGCAAGGAUGAUGUUACCAGCGCACAUUCCGGCAGGAACUACAACAUUACGCCCGCCAGCCAGAAUUUUGGUGGCAAACGCGCGACCAAAAGCCCGGAUCUGUCACCGGUGAAAACAAAAGAGCACUGGCAGUUCGCGGAGCCGAGCGAGCCGGAGGAGAGAACGGUUAGAGCGCAGGAGAGUCUGGUGCUGCAAGAGAGCUUGGGUCCGCUGCAGGAAAACCCGUUUAUUAAGUUUGAGAAAGAACGCAGGAAGCGCCAGAGCCGAGACAACGCUGCUCGUCCCGUUCAGCACAUUCUGGAGUUAUACGGGAGCGUUCCCGGGAUACGGACUAUACGCGCUGAUAAUAUCAUCAUCAUUGAAUCCGACCCGGAUUACUUUUCGGAAGAUUGUAGUUUGAUGCAUGGAUCGAAACUGCAGCAGAACGGCACGGUGAGCGGAUACAGCUCUCUCAAUGAUCUGCUAGACCGGAGAGGUAGUCCGGUUACCGAGAUACGCGCAAAGGAAGUGGUUAUUUAUGACACCGCUCUCAGUAAAAGCGAGGAGAACCUCAGCACUUUGGGACGGCCGGAUUCCGCCCCAGUCGAGGGGCAAGGUAGGGUGAGUCGCAUGCUCCAGAAAUUUGACAGGAAUUAUGGGAAGUUGCAACCCAAGUCACACAGCACUGAAAACCUCCUGGACUUGGAUUCUAGUCCUGUCCGGCCAAGCUCCCGACCCAAACCUCAGCCAGAUGUGGUGCCAAAAGUUGGAUCUCCUAUCCGUAUUCCACACAGCAAAGUCUUCCACAACAACCAGUCUUCCAGUCAUCAUGCCUCUCCUAGUGACUCAGGAAGCAGUACACCUGUUUCUGGGUCCCCUCAGUUAGUGUCUUCUGCACGUAGGCGUUUUGAGGGUAGCGGGGGACGGAGUGUGACCGUGCGCCCCAAGGAGGACACCGAGAGGUUACCAUCCAAGCCUGUUAGAGAAAGAGACUGGGACAGCACAGAUGGGGCCUCCAAAGCCAAGGUGCCAUGCUCUCCGGAGAGCCACCGUGCCCGUGCCGAUUGUACGCCCAGCUCCACGUCACCCCCAUUAUCGCCCAGCUUUGAGAUCCGUCCCUCCCCUCGCCCGGAUCUUUCUCUCCUUCCUGCUGGCGACGUACAGGCCCGCGCCCUCGCCAACUUGCGCCUCCAGUCUCGCAAUUCCUUCACCGUCAUUCCCAAGAGUCGUGCGGCCAUCUCGUCCCCUGGCAGCACAGCGCCCUCCAGCCCAGUCCUGUCGCCUCCAUCCCCACGACAGCCAGUGGGUGUGGCAGCUCCAGAGCCUGCAGUGCCAACUCCCUCGCCCGCUCCAUUAUCGCCCCCCACCCCAAAGCUUACAGAAAAGUUGACUGUAGAAGCCAAAACGGAGUCUCCGCGGAUCACAUCCAGCUCACCCGUCCCAGCUUCAACCCCCUCAACUGGCUCGCUCACCAAAUUGGCCCUACCUCCAGAGGAACCUCCUGUUGAUAAGCUGCCCAUCACUAACAUUGAUGACGUAGUGGUGGAGGCGCCUGUCCCAAGCCCUGCAGUGCAGAGCCGCAAAGGGAAUACGUUUACAAUCGUUCCGAAAAGGAGGCCCGAGGCCCCAUCCGGCCCCGUUGAGGAGCCCAUCACUGACUCUCAGAGCACGCCACCUGCCUCACAGGCCCCCUACGCCCAACUGGGCACCCUGCUCAAAAAGCGCUACCCUGCUGCAGAGGAGAUCGAGGUCAUUGGGGGUUACCUUUCACUUGGGCGAUCCUGCCUCUCCAAGACUGGUUCAGCAGGAAAAAAGCUGAACAUAUCGUUCAACGAGUCCAGCCUGCAGAGCACUUUCGAAUACCCAUCCGAGAGCUGCAUGUGGGACAGCAGAGAGGAGGAGGAGGAGGAGGAGGAGGAGGAGGAAGGAGAGGAGAAAGAAGAAGACGAUAGAGGCAUGAGCAGGAGCAUAAGCAUUCCCCGUGCCAACUACACCAGCACACCCAUUCACUCCAACAACAGCACGGAUCUGUCCAAUUAUACACCCAAACACUCAGUGGAGUUUAAUGCCUGGCAAAAACACAAACUCGAUGACCCUGCUGUCAGAGGGGAAGAUAAUUCACAGUGUACAGAGGAGGUCAUGCUGACACCUGCUGAUAGCUCCUCUCUGUCAGACUUCAGCAGUGAACCAGCUCUCUACUUCUAAACCUUCCAGAUGUCUAGAAGAUUCGGGACCAACCACUGCCUGCCCACAUUCACCAGCCUGGAUACAAACAAAC